AUGGGUCUCUUCGAGAAGCUCCAAGCAAAACUCGACCUCUACCGCCUCGAGCAGAAAUACGCCCGCCGAAAGAACAGAACCACGUUCACCACAGGCGCCGUGUAUCAAGACGGAGAGUACUUUUACACAAACGCCUCCGACGCACGCAGUCCAACCAUGUCGACCAAUAGCACUGGAAAUUCGAACAGCUCAACAAACAGCAAUAAGAGAAGGACGCAAUUGUGGCUGGCUCCCGACGCGCGGAGAUGA